UUGGGGGGGGAGGAGGGAUAUAACUCGUCAUGUCGAAAGUGAUCCAGAAGAAGAACCACUGGACUAGUAAGGUUCACGAAUGCACCGUGAAGCGGGGACCUCGGGGCGAGCUGGGGGUGACGGUGCUGGGGGGCGCGGAGAAUGGGGAGUUUCUGUAUGUCGGAGCGGUAGCAGCGGCCGAGGCGGCAGGGCUUCCAGGCGGCGGCGAGGGCCCUCGGCUGGGCGAGGGGGAGCUGCUUCUGGAGGUGCAGGGGAUCCGGGUGUCCGGCUUGCCCCGCUAUGACGUGCUGGGAGUCAUCGACAGCUGCAAGGAGUCCGUCACCUUCAAAGCCGUCAGACAAGGAGGAAAGCUGAACAAGGACCUACGACACUUUCUCAACCAGAGGUUCCAGAAAGGGUCUCCCGAUCACGAGCUCCAGCAGACAAUAAGGGAUAAUCUGUAUCGCCAUGCUGUGCCUUGCACAACCCGGUCUCGGAGGGAAGGAGAAGUGCCUGGCGUGGACUACAACUUUCUGACUGUGAAGGAGUUCCUGGACCUCGAGCAGAGUGGGACUCUUCUGGAAGUCGGCACCUAUGAAGGAAACUAUUAUGGGACACCCAAACCUCCUAGCCAGCCAGUCAGCGGGAAAGUGAUCACAACGGAUGCCUUGCAAAGCCUUCAGUCUGGCUCCAAGCAGUCAACCCCAAAGCGAACCAAGUCCUACAAUGAUAUGCAAAAUGCUGGCAUAGUCCAUGCGGAGAAUGAGGAGGAGGAUGACAUUCCUGAAAUGAACAGUAGCUUUACAGCCGAUUCUGGUGAUCAGGAAGAGCGCCCUCUCCAAGAAACAACGCUACCACCUGUGAAUAGUAGCAUCAUCGCUGCUCCCAUCACGGACCCUUCUCAGAAGUUCCCACAAUACCUACCUCUUUCUGCAGAGGAUAAUUUAGGUCCUCUACCUGAAAACUGGGAGAUGGCCUAUACCGAAAAUGGAGAAGUCUAUUUUAUAGAUCAUAACACAAAAACAACAUCAUGGUUAGACCCUCGGUGCCUGAACAAGCAGCAGAAGCCCCUGGAAGAGUGUGAAGAUGAUGAAGAAGGGGUCCACACCGAGGAGCUGGACAGUGAACUAGAACUGCCUGCUGGUUGGGAGAAGAUUGAAGACCCUGUCUAUGGUAUCUACUAUGUAGACCACAUCAACAGGAAGACACAAUAUGAGAACCCAGUUCUAGAAGCCAAACGGAAGAAGCAGCUUGGGCAGCAGCCGCAGCAGCAGCAGCAACAACAGCAACAACAGCAGCAGCAACAGCAGCAGCAGCAGCAGCCAUCAGAAGAAUGGACAGAAGACCACUCAUCGCUCGUGCCUCCUGGUAUUCCCACCCACCCCACAAGCAAUCCGGAGCCUGCCAGAGAAGCUCCACUUCAGGGCAAACCCUUUUUUACACGAAACCCUUCAGAGUUGAAAGGCAAGUUCAUUCACACAAAGCUGCGGAAGAGCAGCCGUGGCUUUGGCUUCACGGUUGUUGGCGGCGAUGAACCCGAUGAGUUUCUGCAGAUCAAGAGCUUGGUUCUAGAUGGUCCUGCUGCUUUGGAUGGCAAGAUGGAAACAGGAGAUGUAAUUGUCAGUGUGAAUGACACUUGUGUUUUGGGACACACGCAUGCACAAGUUGUGAAAAUCUUCCAGUCCAUUCCUAUCGGUGCCAGCGUGGACCUUGAACUCUGCCGAGGUUAUCCAUUGCCUUUUGACCCAGAUGACCCCAAUACGAGUUUAGUGACCUCAGUGGCCAUUUUGGAUAAAGAACCAAUUAUCGUGAAUGGGCAAGAGAACUAUGAUUCGCCUGCCAGUCACAGCAGUAAAACAGGCAAAGUCAAUGGCAUGAAGGAUGCCCGGCCAAGCAGCCCAGCAGACGUGGCUUCAAACAGUUCCCAUGGUUACCCCAAUGACACUGUCUCUUUGGCUUCCUCCAUAGCCACUCAGCCAGAACUUAUAACUGUUCAUAUAGUCAAAGGGCCAAUGGGCUUUGGUUUUACUAUCGCCGACAGUCCUGGUGGGGGCGGCCAGAGAGUGAAACAGAUUGUUGACAGUCCAAGGUGCCGAGGUCUGAAAGAAGGGGAUCUUAUCGUGGAAGUGAAUAAGAAGAAUGUGCAGGCUCUGACUCACAACCAGGUCGUGGAUAUGCUGAUCGAAUGUCCAAAGGGAAGUGAGGUCACAUUGUUGGUGCAACGAGGAGGACUGCCAGUUCCUAAGAAGAGCCCUAAGUCGCAACCUCUGGAAAGAAAAGACAGCCAGAACAGUUCCCAACACAGUGUUUCCAGCCACCGAAGCCUGCACACGGCAUCCCCCAGCCACAGCACACAGGUGCUCCCUGAGUACCCACCUGCAGAGGCUCCGGCUCCAGAUCAGACCGACAGCACUGGGCAGAAAAAACCAGAUCCUUUCAAAAUCUGGGCCCAGUCCAGGAGCAUGUAUGAAAGCCGACCUAUGUCACCUUCGCCAGCAUCGGGAUUGAGCAAGGGUGAAAGAGAGAGAGAAAUCAAUUCCACGAAUUUUGGAGAAUGUCAGAGUCCAGAUUACCAAGAACAGGAUAUCUUCCUCUGGAGAAAAGAGACUGGGUUUGGAUUUAGGAUUCUUGGUGGAAAUGAGCCAGGGGAACCUAUUUAUAUUGGUCACAUCGUACCACUGGGUGCUGCUGAUACAGAUGGCCGCCUCAGGUCAGGGGAUGAAUUAAUCUGUGUGGAUGGGACACCAGUAAUUGGAAAAUCACACCAGCUUGUGGUCCAGCUUAUGCAACAAGCCGCCAAGCAAGGCCAUGUCAACCUCACAGUGCGGCGUAAAGUGGUAUUUUCCGCCCCCAAAGCAGAGACGGAGGUGCCCUCGCCAGCCUCUUCCCACCACAGCAGCACACAGCCCACCUCCCUGACCGAGGACAAGCGCACCCCACAGGGCAGCCAGAACUCCCUGAACACGGUGAGCUCAGGCAGCGGCAGCACCAGCGGCAUCGGCAGUGGCGGGGGAGGGGGCAGCGGUGUGGUGAGUGCGCUGCAGCCCUACGACGUGGAGAUCCGGCGCGGGGACAGCGAGGGCUUUGGCUUCGUCAUAGUGUCCUCGGUGAGCCGGCCUGAGGCAGGCACAACCUUCGCAGGCAAUGCAUGUGUGGCUAUGCCUCACAAAAUAGGUCGGAUUAUUGAGGGGAGCCCUGCUGACCGAUGUGGCAAGCUGAAAGUAGGAGACCGGAUCUUGGCGGUAAAUGGAUGUUCCAUCACCAACAAGUCCCAUUCAGACAUUGUCAACCUAAUCAAAGAAGCAGGAAACACAGUUACCCUCCGCAUCAUUCCUGGGGAUGAGUCUUCGAAUGCCACUUUGCUAACCAAUGCAGAGAAGAUUGCCACCAUCACCACCACACACACCCCUUCCCAGCCAGGGGCCCAGGAGACCAGGAAUACCACCAAACCAAAGCCAGAAUCUCAGUUUGAGUUCAAAGCACCCCAGGCAACACAGGAGCAGGAGUUUUACACUGUGGAACUGGAAAGAGGAGCCAAGGGAUUUGGCUUUAGUCUUCGAGGGGGCCGCGAAUAUAACAUGGACCUCUAUGUUCUGCGCUUAGCAGAGGAUGGUCCUGCAGAAAGGUGUGGCAAGAUGAGGAUUGGUGAUGAAAUUUUAGAGAUCAAUGGUGAAACCACCAAAAACAUGAAGCAUUCUCGGGCUAUAGAACUGAUUAAGAAUGGUGGCCGCAGAGUGCGUCUGUCUCUGAAGCGGGGAGAUGGCUCAGUACCAGAAUAUGACCCCGGCAGCGACCGGAACGGCGCCUCCACCGGUGCACAGGGUGUCCCGGAAAUGAGGCCCGGGCCGGCACAGGGUGUCCCGGAAAUGAGGCCCGGGCUGGCACAGGGCGUCCCGGAAAUGAGGCCCGGGCCGGCCGGCCGCCGGCCGCACCCGCCGUUGGAGUCCAGUUAUCUACCCGAUCUUCACAAAUCAUCACCACAUGGGGAAAAGCGGGCACACGGGAAAGAUUCAAAAGGCAGCCGAGAGUACGGCAGACAACCCAACGAGCAUCACACAUGGAACGGAACUUCCAGAACACUCGACAGCGGGGCUUGUCGACCCAAAAACCGGGCGCCCGAGGGGCGAAGAGAAACCCCACCUGAGCGGCUGGUGACCAAUGGCCCCGUGAGGAGGUCCCUGGAGAAGCGGAGGGAAGGCACCCGGAGCGCUGACAACACAUUGGAGAGGAGGGAGAAGCACGACAAGAGGAGAGAGAUUUCUCCCGAGCGGAGGCGAGAUCGGUCGCCCACCCGCAGAAGGGACAGCUCGCCCAGCCGCCGCAGGAGGUCUCUGGAACGGCUCCUGGAUCAGAGAAGAUCUCCAGAGCGAAGGAGGGGGGGCUCGCCUGAAAGGAGAGCGAAAUCCACUGACCGCAGGAGAGCGAGGUCCCCCGAGCGGAGGCGAGAGCGGUCCCUUGAGAAAAGGAACAGAGAGGACAAAGUCAGCCACCGAGAAAGAGAAGAGGCGAGCCUGAAGCAGGAUGCCAGCAGAAGUUGCAGACAUCCCCCAGAGCAGAGAAGGAGGCCUUACAAAGAAUGCAGCACCGACCUCAGUAUCUGAGCUCUGAGUCACAUUCCGACCUUUACCAUGUCAAAGGUUCUAUGAGGAAGGUCACAAACCUGAAAUACUUUAGUUUCUUACCUAAUGAAGCAUCUGACACCUGGUGAUCCUAUGAAUAGCAACAAACAUUUUAUGCAUUUCAAAUCUUAUAAAAAAUAUAUAUGAAAAGUGUUGUGCCUGAUGUAUAAUAUUAAAGAACGUAUUUUUAAAUGCAUACAUUUUUGGAAAUUAUUUGCCAAAUGCUGCCCCAAAGGGAUGUAAAUUUUGUUUCUACAUAAACUGUAGAAUUGUUAAGAAUUGUUCCCUUUUUUGGGCAAUCUCUUUCUCUCCUGGUUAAAUAGGGCUGUUGAUCAUUUUCUCUAAGCAAGGGACGUUAUUAAGUUUAAUUAAUUUGAUAUAGACUGUUAUGUAAUGAUGUAGUGCUAUACUGUAGUUAGGAGAUUUCCUUUUAAAUAGAAAGGCAAAGCUAUAUUUGUAAAAGCUGAGAACUCUGAGAUGGGUUAGGAUUGCCAAUGAUCCUAAAACCAAGCAAACUGUAUGAAGAGACUACUAUCAAAAAUGAAGGAUAUUUAUACCAAACCUACACAGCACACACGGAAACGUUGUUCUUGAGUCACAGUUGGUUCAGAAAACAGUUCGGAUUCCCCCUCGCCAUAGAAAGGCAUGGAGAGGAGAACAUUGGCCACCAUUAUCCAAGUGCACAUGGUCAGGUUCAUUAGCACUACCAACAUCUAAGAUCUCAUUAAGGCAGUGCUGUCACAGCUUCAGUCAACUACUGGAAGGAAUGGACAACAAGCACCUUGUGUGUUGUCAUGUCUGAUUUGAGGCUUAGGAGUAGGUGGAGUGAGGGACAAUGUGCCCAGUGUGAAGGAGCCAUAAAAGUCCACAAUAUGGAAGGUUAUGUCCCCCCUUUUUAGCAUAAGGCCAUGGCUGCCCUUUGCCAAAUUGGGGAGAAGGGAAUGUGCCUUGGUGGAGUUAGGUCUUUGUUGAAUUUUAGAGCUGGAGGUGCUUAUUCUUAGAAAUGCUGAUUUCCCUUUGAAUCUGUAACUGUCUCCAGAAUGAAUGAAGGAGAAAGGACGUGAUCUCAAUGGUCGUAGAUCUAGUUGGCAAACUUAUGUCUUCAUGACCCUGUCCUUUGAAUUUUGGGACAGCAGAAUAAAACAAUGAUUUUCCUUUUUAGAAAAGACCUAUUCUUUUUGCAAUCCCACAUAAGAUGUAGUUGGGUUGGCUGUAGCCCCGGGAAGUGGUUGAAAUGGAUUACUGCCUAGCUGAGCCAAAAUGUUUGCUUGUACUUGUUGGACCACUAUAGCAAACCGCUGCUUACAAUACAUUGUAUAUUUCUGUAGUACUGUGUUGCAUUUUCCAUACAGACACAAAACUUUGUGAGUCAAUCACUGUUGUUCUCAUGGUACUGUUUGUUUGUUUUUUUUUUUAAAAAAAGGGAAAAAAAUGAAGAAAACCAGCCAAUCAUUGUGUGUACAGAGUUAAAAAUUGUAAUUAAUAGAGCCUGUUUUAAAAAAAAAAGUUGCCUUUUUUUCCUUGUAUAAAAGAAUUUAUGACAAAAAAUUUAGGUGUGAGGAAUGUGAUGUGUUCAUAUUUCUGAAUAUGGAAAAAUAAUUAAUUGGGGUAUAUUUUAAUGUAAACUAAAUCAGGUAUGUAAAGCUGUUUUAAAGUGGAAGACUGUAUAAGUAAUUCUCUAAAGCUUUAGUCAGUUUGAAUAUCAUCAUUUCCUCCAUGGUGAGCCUGCUUGUGAAUUAUUAAGCACUUGUUUGCAUUCUGUUCUUCACUCAUUUCUUGCAAUGUGCUAUGGAUUUAAUGCUGUUUCUGUAUUGAUGAAAAGCAGUAUGCGGGCCAAUCUUUUUAUAAAACACUAUGCAUAUAUAAAUAUUACAUUGUUCAUAGCUUUAUUUGACUUACGGAUUUAUACAUAACAUUGGAAUGAGUAGCCGUAGUUGUGUGGACAUUCACAAAACAAGUUCAUUUCCUGGAACAGACACAAGGAACAUUCUAUAUCUAAAAAAGAGGGAAAAGUCUGUGACUGCUAUUUUUUCAAAGUUUUCCAUAGAAAGCAUACAUUGAGCUGUAGCAGUAAGGCUGAGAAAGAAUACAACUGAAUAAUGAUGUUCUUUUUCAUCCAUUUCCAAAGAGCCAAUUUGGGGACUUUAUUCCUAAGGUUCUAUUGCUAGGAAUUUUCUCACUGUUUCUAACAAAAUCUUUGUUGUUAAAUGAUCGAUGCUCUCAGUUAUGGUUCAGAGUCUUAAAUAAAUGAAAUCGAAGUAGAUUUGGGGAGUUCAUCCUGAAAAUAUUUUGAUGUCUUUCUUGUCCUCAAAGAUGACAUUUGACAUUUUAAAAUCUGUGUGCUACCCACCUGCACCUAUCUCAAUCUGAACACUUUUGGUGUGGCAGUUUCCUCUGAAUUCCACACAGAUUUGCUUUGGAAAUAACUGUACUGUACCAGGACUAUGCACUAAGUAAAAAGAUACAGUUUUCUCUGAACUACUGUAACCUUAAAUUGGAGACUGAUUCUUAUGAGCCUACUUUCCCUGAUCCCCCAUUUCAUGUAAAUGUCUUGAUGAGAUGAUGGAUGAGUAUUUUGUAUGAUGAAAUCAAACCAUUUAGAAAUCUUCCUCUCACCCAUUACACAGUUAAUGCCUGGAAGAAUGGGGGCGGGGAACUCAACACCCUACUUGUAUUUUUUAAGUUUCUUUUGUGAAAGAUUUUUUAAUGCAUUUUUAAUGUAAAAAUACAUGGAAAUGUAUGCAUUCCAUAACCA